AUGUCUCGCGGCGGAACCACCCUCUACGUCACCGGCUUCGGCCACGGCACUCGCGCGCGCGACCUCGCGUACGAAUUCGAACGGUAUGGACGGCUUGUCCGCUGCGACAUUCCAGCCCCGCGUUCCGCUACAAGCAGACUCUUCGCUUUCGUUGAGUACGAGAGCCGUCGUGAUGCCGAUGAUGCAUAUCACGAGAUGCACAACAAGCGCAUCGGCCGCGAUGAUCUCUUGAAGAUCGAGUGGGCCCGCACUCCCCCAUCGGCCUCCUGGCGCUUCGACUCUGGUACUGGACGCGACCGCGGUGACCGUGGUAGUGACCGACCCCCCCGCCGUGACCGCUCUCCUCGCCGUCGAAGUGUCUCCCCGGGUCCCCGUCGUGGCCGUGGCGACUACUCCCCACGCAAGGACGACCGUCGCGAGCGCGACUAUGAUCGCCGUGACCGAGACCGCUCUAGGAGCCCUGAUGACCGUGACCGUGAUCGGGACCGCGAGAUGAAGGAUGUUGUCCGUGAUGAUGACCGUGAGCGCGACCGCGACCGCGACCGUGACCGGGAGCGAGAGCGAGAGCGCGAGAACGGUGCCAACGGCGAGGAACGCAAGAUCGCAGUCGAAUCACCUCCAGCAGGAGGCCAUGACGAUCUUGACACCGCCGAGUAG